AUGCAGAGAUCGAUUUCAUCGACGGCGAAGAGAUAUGUUCGCCGGAAUUAUCAGCAGGGUAAAGGUAAUCUUGCUCCUUCUUCCUUUAAUCUUUUCUGGGGACGAAGAGAUUUUGCUGGUGGGAGUGGUGAUUACAGAGAGAAAUUGAGAAAUGGGCUGAGUGAUUUAAAGCUAGAUGAUGCAGUUGGGUUGUUCGGUGACAUGGUCAAGUCUCGUCCACGCCCUUCAAUCAUUGAAUUCAAUAAACUGUUGAGUACAAUUGCUAAGAUGAAAAAGUUCGAUGUUGUCAUCUCCUUGGGGGAGAAGAUGCAAAAGCUGGGGAUUUCACACAGUCUCUAUACAUACAAUAUUUUUAUUAACUGUUUUUGCCGCCAGUCUAAGCUCUCUCUUGCUUUAGCUAUUCUGGGAAAGAUGAUGAAACUCGGCUAUGAGCCCGAUGUUGUCACGCUUUCUUCUCUUGUCAAUGGUCUCUGUCACAGUAAGAGGAUUUCAGAUGCCAGUGAGGCCAAGCAGAUGUUUGAGUUCAUGGUUACCAAGGAUUGUCUACCAGACGUAGUGACAUACAGCACUCUUAUAAAGGGAUUUUGCAAGUGCAAAAGGGUAAAGGAUGGUAUGCAACUCUUCCACGAGAUGUCUCAAAUGGGAUUGGUUGGCAACACAAUCACUUACAACACACUUAUCCAAGGGUUUUUUCAAGCUGGCGACUGUCAUUAUGCCCAAAUGGUAUUCAAACAGAUGGUUUCUGAUCGUGUGCCUGCCAGUCUUAUGACGUACAACAUUUUAUUAGAUGGGCUUUGUAAUAAUGGGAAGCUACAGACAGCAUUGGUCAUAUUCAAGGACAUGCAAAAGAGUGAAAUGGAACUUAAUAUCAUUACAUAUACUACUAUGAUUGAUGGGAUGUGCAAGGCUGGUAUGGAAAAGCAAGAAGCAGAUGCCUUGUUCAGAAAAAUGAAAGAAGAUGGGAUUCUUCCAAAUAGUGGUACCUAUAAUACGCUGAUCAGGGCACAUCUAAGAGAUGGUGACGAAACCGCAUCAGCAGAACUCAUCAAAGAAAUGAAGAGUUGCGGGUUUGUUGGAGAUGCUUCGACCUUUGGGUUGGUGACUAAUAUGUUACAUGAUGGAAGAUUGGACAAAAACUUCCUCGAUAUGCUUUCUUAA